AUGUAUGGAAAACUUCAGGGCGGUUUCUGCCUGGAAAUACCAGUGGGAUUCAUCGGCUACUUCUCGCUCGGCAUCGAAUUUCAAGGAGAGGGAUCAGAGGGGAUCGGAAUAUGCAAUGCAUCCAUACAGUCCAUCGGCUAUGCAUUCCCGUGUCUUGGUCGACACCUCAAACCGCCUACUUAUAAGAAGGAUUCCCUUCUCGUACACACAAAGGCAGAGUUUGAGCUGGGACUCGUGGCCAACACUCGAGAUGUGGACGCCCCACCCCCGCCUCCCUCGCCAUGCGGCGCGGACGGCGUGGAAUUCGUCGUGAAUGGAUUUUCAUUGGCUGGACCAUCGCUGACGGAUGCGAAGCUCAGUGUUUCUCUCCGAUACGGAAACGAGUCUACGGUUGAAGAGAAGAACGUCACGAGUGAACAGGUCGAAACUACGACACAAACCCAACCACCUUCUUUCAAUCAAUCCAUUCAAGACUUAAAGAAAAAGGAACGUGAGAUCAAGAAGAAUUUCACCGUUCCGCUAAUCCCCCCUGGUAUCUCUUCCGAAAACUUGACCCUCCGUCUGCAAAGCGAGCGUCUCCGCAGUUUCGAA